UACCGUUUCUGCAAGAAAGCGCACGAAAUCACGUGGGUCCCAUAGCAGGGCGAACAUCGGUUUUCUGAAUUCCAUGGAAAAAUCGACGAAGAGAUCAUAGUGGCAGCAUCGGAGACGACGAGAGGAAGGGGAACACGAAAAUGGAGAAACCGCCGGAGAACGAUUUUUGCUCGAUAUGCCAUGGCCAUUUCAACGUUCCUUGCCAAGCCAAUUGCUCUCACUGGUUUUGCGGAAAUUGCAUUAUGCUUGUUUGGCGUCAUGGGUCUAUGCUACAAUCAUGUAAAUGCCCAUUGUGCCGCCGUCCAAUUACUUUGCUGGUUCCUACGGAGGAUUCUCUGAGGGAGCGUGAUGACUCUUCAGUUGCUGAGAUUCUUGGUAAUAUUGAAACGUACAACCGACUCUUUGGCGGGCAUUCCAGUAGUUUUGUUCAGAGGAUGCGAGACCUGCCCUUCUUACUGCGGAGGUUGUUGCGAGAAAUGAUGGAUCCACAAAGAACACUUCCACUUGUCAUUAGAGCUCGUGUCUAUUUUGCAAUGAUACUCAGUGCGAUUUAUAUAAUCAGUCCAGUAGAUGUCAUUCCAGAAGGAAUUCUGGGAAUAGUCGGUUUACUGGAUGAUCUGCUCAUCGUCCUACUUUGUUUUCUUCAUGUUGCUGCUCUGUACCGUUCUGUUCUAUAUUUCCGACACGGAGGCUCGUGAUGAAUCGGGGAAUCAUACUACAGGUUUGUUCAAGUAGGAAGGAAGAGAGAUGAUGGCUAUCUUCUUCUAGUUGUCAAUUAUGAGUUGGCUAUUUUUACUGAAGAAAAUUGAUAUCUCAUAGAAUAGUGCCUUAAUUUCUUUUUUUUAAUCCUCAAAUCAAUUUAUACUCAGGCAUGGCAUGCAUUAGGAUCCACCCACCAUAAUUGAGAGACCACAGUCCAAAAUAGCUUAAGUCCUUUUGACCAAUCUCUAGUGGGAUUUCUACAUCCUUCCUAGGUGGUGGUGGUCCCUGAUGGUUUUGAUCUAUAGCUGUUUGAAAAUUCUGGGAUAAGCCUUGUGACUCAAGUCAUCUUUCCACUUGGUUUUUUUUUUUGGGUUAAAGCGUCUGUUCACUUGUUACUGGUACAAAUACAUUUCCUUGCUGAAACUUGGAUUUUAUUUAUUUUUUUACACAGAAUGAAUCAUCAAGUUGUAGAUUUCUUGGGAAAACCAUGAAGACAAAAUCUUUCAACUAGGAUAUAUGUCUAGAGAGAUAUCAGAUAGGAUUAGGACCACACUCUUGUCUCUCUCCACAUGUACAUGUACACGUGUGGAUUCUGUUCACACGUAACUACACGCAUCGCAUUAUGCAUUUGCACACACAAACUUCUUUGUGGAUGUGUAAAUAUUUACUAGUCUGAAAGAGACUUUGCUUUUGCUCCACUGAAUUCAUAAACACUUGUAUUCGUUAUAUGCUCACAACAUUUUGUUUACCGCCCUUUGUUAGGGGUCGGGGCAAUCGGACAGCGAUAUCAGUAAAUGGUCGAUUUCUUGAUUUA